AUGGCGGCCGCUGGGGAGGCGGAGGAGGCCGGAGCGGGGCCGGGGCCGGGGCCGGGGCCGGGGCCGCCGCCGCCCGGGGACCUGCGGAGCGCGCUGCUCACCGGCGUGCUGAGGCUGGAGCGGCUGGAGCUGGACCUGUUCAGGGGCCGGCACCACUGGGUGCCCGCCACGCAGCGCCUCUUCGGCGGGCAGAUCGUGGGCCAGGCCCUGGUGGCUGCCGCCCGCGCCGUCGGCCGCGACCUCCAGGCCCACUCGCUGCACUGCUACUUCGUGCGGGCAGGAGAUCCCAAGGUACCGGUGCUGUAUGAGGUGGAGCGGACCCGCACGGGGAGGAGCUUUUCUGUUCGCUCAGUGAAGGCCAUACAGCACGGGAAGCCAAUCUUCAUCUGCCAGGCCUCCUUCCAGCUGGCCCAGGAGAGCCCUGUGCAGCACCAGUUCACCAUGCCUACGGUGCCGCCCCCUGAGGAGCUGCUGACCCAAGAGGAGCUCAUUCAGAAGUUCCUGGAGGAUCCUAACUUGGCAGAGAAAUACAGAAAGCAUCUCAACAAGAUUCAAGCCGAGGAUGUGCCGAUUGAUAUCAAGCCUGUGAACCCGCCGGAUGUGUCCUGCUUAAAGCCACAGGAGCCGAAGUACCUCUUCUGGGUGCGAGCACGAGGCUACAUCGGAGAGUGUGACAUGAAGGUGCACUGCUGCGUGGCCGCCUACAUCUCUGACUACUCCUUUCUGGAUACGGCCUUGCUGCCCCACCGACAGUACGAUGUCAAAUUCAUGGUGUCCCUUGACCAUUCCAUGUGGUUCCAUGCUCCCUUCCGAGCUGACCACUGGAUGCUAUACGAGUGUGAGAGCCCCUGGGCUGGGGCAUGCCGAGGACUCGUGCAGGGACGACUGUGGCGCAGGGAUGGGGUCCUGGCUGUUACCUGUGUGCAGGAAGGUGUCAUCAGGGUGGCACAAAAGCCCAACCAGAGCAGACUCUAGCUGAGGAAGCUGGUAGCAGCAGUUCUACCGAUCCUUCCUGUGUGAGAGCAGCAGCCAGGCACGCGGAAAAGGCUGCACUGCAAACAUGAGGACCAAGCCACGAUCCCGAGCAGCAGCAGGGAGAAGCACGGAGCUAGUGUGGGCUGAACCCAGCGCAGCUGGGAGGGCCAGUGCAUGGAGAACACUUGUGACUGACAUGGACCUGCACAGACUGCAGUGGCAUCAACUUUUAUUGACUGUUAGCUGCACAGUGCAUAGCCGUACACUAUCCUCAGCCACUCCUCACCCAUCUUAAAUAAAGCCAUCACGUGAACAACUGA